CGUCGAGCCCAGCGCGGCGGCUGCGGCGGCCCGGCAGCCAACAUGGCGGCGGCGGCGGCGGCGGGCGCGGGCCCCGAGAUGGUCCGCGGGCAGGUGUUCGACGUGGGGCCGCGCUACACGAAUCUCUCUUACAUCGGCGAGGGCGCCUACGGCAUGGUGUGCACUUACCCAGAGGAGACCAGAAGUAAUGUCUUACUGCCCGUCCGUGUUCUUUCAUUGCUUCGCUCUGCUUAUGAUAAUGUCAACAAAGUUCGAGUAGCUAUCAAGAAAAUCAGCCCUUUUGAGCACCAGACCUACUGCCAGAGAACCCUGAGGGAGAUAAAAAUCUUACUGCGCUUCAGACAUGAGAACAUCAUUGGAAUCAAUGAUAUUAUUCGAGCACCAACCAUCGAGCAGAUGAAAGAUGUAUAUAUAGUACAAGACCUCAUGGAAACAGAUCUCUACAAGCUCUUGAAGACGCAACACCUCAGCAACGACCAUAUCUGCUAUUUUCUUUACCAGAUCCUCAGAGGGUUAAAAUAUAUCCAUUCAGCUAACGUGCUGCACCGUGACCUCAAACCUUCCAACCUGCUGCUCAACACCACCUGCGAUCUCAAGAUCUGUGACUUUGGCUUGGCCCGUGUUGCAGAUCCGGACCAUGAUCACACAGGGUUCCUGACGGAGUACGUUGCCACACGUUGGUACAGGGCUCCGGAAAUUAUGUUGAAUUCCAAGGGCUACACCAAGUCCAUUGAUAUUUGGUCUGUAGGCUGCAUCCUGGCAGAGAUGCUCUCCAACAGGCCCAUCUUCCCGGGGAAGCAUUACCUCGACCAGCUGAACCACAUUCUGGGUAUUCUUGGAUCCCCAUCCCAGGAAGACCUGAAUUGUAUAAUAAAUUUAAAAGCUAGGAACUAUUUGCUUUCUCUUCCGCACAAAAAUAAGGUGCCAUGGAACAGGCUGUUCCCAAAUGCUGACUCCAAAGCUCUGGAUUUACUGGACAAGAUGUUGACGUUCAACCCUCAUAAGAGGAUUGAGGUGGAACAGGCUCUGGCCCACCCGUACCUGGAGCAGUACUAUGACCCAAGUGACGAGCCCAUCGCCGAAGCACCAUUCAAGUUUGACAUGGAAUUGGAUGACUUGCCCAAGGAAAAGCUCAAAGAACUCAUUUUUGAGGAGACCGCUAGAUUCCAGCCAGGAUACAGAUCUUAAAUUUCUCAGGGCAUACAUGCUGUGUGCUCACCCCAGUGAGCAGAACAGACAGGACUGAACGUGGCCCCCGAGGAGCACGUGGCCUGAGAGGGGAGAAAGACACAGACCAUCAUGCACAUCUUUGGUGUAGAACAUCUGGGGGUGAUGGAGCUAUCAGUUUGUCAUUGUUCAUUUAAUCCCUGUCACGUACUUUAGUGCCGGGUAGGAGGGAAAGGAUGGGUAAGACCCAGGCUUUGCUUUCUAGCAGCCUGAUGGCAGGACCCGGGGAGUCAGGCCCAGCAUUGUGGUGCUGCACCAGGGGAGGGUUCGACCCCAAAGAUGCAGAGCGCCGGGAGGGGGCGCCCCGCUGGUGGGGAGGGGCCCGCCUCUCCUCACAGGUGGUCUCAGGUCCUGAAGUGUCAGGGCAUCUGACACUGGGCAGUCUGGGUGGCGGGACCUCAGCAGGGACUUGUGGGGUGGCUGGUCAGGCAGCAGGCACAGGGGAACGUGACAGUGACUAGGGUCCUGGGCCACAGGACAAGGCUGCUGACUGGAUGCCUACUGGAGGCCAUUAGCACACGGGGACCAAGCCCACCCGGGGCCCACCCCAGCUCUGAGUAUCCAGGGUUGGGGCCUGUCACCAGUGGAGGCAGUGGCAGGGGGGUUGCUCUGUGUUUAGUUCACUUCCUCCAGGCACACAGAAGGCACAGAAUGUGCUUGUAGCCUGAUUUUUUUCCCAAACGUUUUUUAAAUGACAAUUUUUACCUAUUCUGAGAAGUUGAGGGUUUUACAGUAGACACCCAUAUUCCCACCACCCCGACCCUAUGAUUAACGUUUUAUUAUACUUUCUUUGCCUUUUCACGUAUCUGUCCAUGCAUUCCUCCAUCUGCCCAUCAAUCCAUCUUGUUUUUUUCUGUGCAUUUCAAAGGAAAUUUCCAACAUCUAGACUGACUUAUAAUUUAGUCAUCUAGGAUAGAAGAGUGAGUGCAGAGGAGGGUGGGUUGGGGGCGUUGUUAAGCUCUGGGCCAGGUUCUUUCACAGACAUUGCCUUUUGAUGAUCACAGCAGCGUUUUCUGAAGUCAGCACACAGCCCAGGUCUACGCUUGACGAAACUGAAGGAGUGUGUUUAAGCAUUUUGCUCAAGAUUAUACAUCGGUGGCAAAACUAGGCAGAGAGUCCAGGUCCUUUAGACUCAGAAAUCUUUUUUCACCUAGAUUUGCUCCCCAGGGAGGUGGAGGGACCAGGGUGUGAGUUCCCAGUCUGCAGCGAGGGCGGAACUGCACAGAGGAGAGCCUGGAGGUGUUGGUGCUGUGACACACGGGGCCGCCGGGGAAUCGUGCUCAUACAGCUGUGGGGGCUUUGCUGGAGGGGACAGCAGGGACCACUCCAGAGGAGACCCUAGGUGUCCCCUGCUCACUGAUGUUCUUAGUGGCGGCUCUGAGUGAUUGUAAAGGGUCAAAGUAUGUUCAUUAUAUUUUGUUUAAGGGGCUCUAUUUUAGAAAUGUUUUCACUGGAAAGGUAAAAAGGUAUAAGUGGUUAAUACAUUGUGACAAGUCUCCGAUUCCUCCAGCCUUGGGUCUCAGCCUCAUCCUUACAGACCAUCUCCUUACCUGCUUCCCUGAGAAGCUGGGGAAGAGGAGGUGGUGCCUGCCUUUCUUCCUCCUUCUCCAGCCCGUCGCUGGACUUUCUCGGGGGGUGGUGGGGGACUGAUUACUAGGGGCAUUAAUCUGUUGUUUCCCUUUGGUUUCAUUAAAGAUAAAAGCAUUUAGGGCAGUUUUAGUUUUCUGCCAGCUGCUAGGUGUGGCUGCAGUUCAUGGUGGCACGCCUCUAGGGGGAGGUCACGUCUUGUCCCCCGAGCUCGUCUCCCCGAGCAGCAGACAAGGACUAUCCGCCUGGCAGUGCCUGUGAGCCAGGUGACACCUGCCGGUGGGCGUUUAACAGGCCACGUCUCCAGGGGAAGGAAGGUCUGCUUUGCUGGCAUCCUGACACACUCGAUUACCCUCAUGCUGUCUCCACGCGGCUUCGUCGUGAGACAGAGAACGUGCGCUUCUCCUCCCCAGGAUGGUCCUCGGGGUGGAGGGAAUUCCCACGUCCACCCACGCCCCACCCCCAGCCGUCUGUGCUCACAGCCAAGAACUGCUAGUCUGGAAACAGGUGGAGUGGAUUUAACCCAGAAUAUAAUUUCCUCAAGUAAAAUAGAGAUGUUAGGAGAGUGAUGGGGGACCUCAGGGGCCUCCUGAGGGAUCCUCGGACAUCUGCAGGGCCAGGGGGGCCUGGCGGGACAGCAGCCAUUGGGUCGCCUCCUGCACUUCCAGGGUCCAGGCCCACCAGCUUCACGCUUCCUACCAGCACUUGGUUGUGCUUGUUGUGCUUAGUCACAGAAAACUUGAGCAUUAAAAAAAAAAACACUUUCUGCCUCCUGUGUGGUUGAUUCUGACCUACCUGCUCAUCCAGAGAGAGACAUGCUGAGAAUAGGAGGCAGAAGCGUUUUCCACUUCACACAUGUGUUUACAAAGAUUCUCAGACUCUGGUUUGGACCGUUGGUUAAUGGCAUCUGGGGAACACUGACGCCGGCCUGGCUGUGAGCGAGCGUGCGUGUCUCCCCCUGAGUAUUCUGGAAACAUCCUCUGUGAAACGUCUGAGAGAAAAGGUGCCCGGGGAUGGGGGCGUGGAGGCAAGCCCACCCUUGAGGAGCCUCGGGUGUGACUCGUGCCACGUGGUUCUGAGGGAGAUGACCUUUUCUGCAGGAGUGUUUUUCCUUUGCUUUUUCACUCUUCCGUUUUCCUAGCACUGCUGCUGCUGCUUUUCCCACGUGGUUCACCCUUAGCUCACAGUCGGUCUGUCUGUU